UAAAGAUUUAAAAUAAUCCAACAGAAACACUUUUAAAAUUAUGAAUAUUUUAUUUUUAAAAAAAGGUUGCACGACGCAUUUUGCAGUUUUCUAUGUGCCCCUGCGGCCGGUGAGGACGACAUAUUUCCGCUUGUAGUUCCUGUCGUGCAGUGAGUUUUGAUGUGACUAAUUUCAACAGCAGCUACUCGUAUGGCUGGCAGCAGGAUGAAGCUGGAGCUGUCCCGGGUGGUUCAGGAGAGAAGUCGGCUGGGUGUCCUGAAGGGGCUCGGCAGGACGGGACAGCACUCCUUGGAGAUCCCGGGGUGUGUGCUGUACACACACUUUGGCACAGUCCCCCACCUCACCCAGGACACACUACACACCCUGAGCAACCUCCCCUCUGUCACUCAGGUCACCCUGUCCAAUAUAGCAGAGCACCAAGAGGUGUUGGAGGAGUUUAAGGAUGGAUUCAGGAAGUUUGCAGGUCUUCAUGAUACUUUAUUGUACUGCUCGCUUCACGACCCUGCGGCCCCCUUCCCGACAGGUUAUACUACUAACAAGACAGUGUCAGUUUGGGGCAGCGGUGGUCGGAUAGAGCUGACUGUGGCAAAGUUCAUGGCUCUCCAGAAGACUGUGCAGCCGGACUGGUACCAGAGCAUGGCAGACGGAGAGACGUGGCAGAACACCUCUCGCAAACGGGUUCGAAAGUCUGUGGAUCGAACUCUUGCCCACUUGGACGAGUGUCUUCUGGUGCACCAAAAUUCACAGGAGUUAAAGGGAGUGAAGGUGUUUGGCGUUGUGGAGGGAGGAGACAUCCUGGAGGAGAGGGUGCGCUCGGCCAGGGAGACAGCCAAGAGGCCAGUGGCAGGAUUCUGCCUGGACGGCCUCCAGACGGGCUCCAUGGAACAGGCCCUGAGGACCCAGCUCAUCACCGCUGUGACCAAAGAGCUGCCUGAGGACAAACCCAGACUGCUGCAGGGUGUAGGACGACCGGAUGAGGUGCUGGCCUGCGUGGAGGCUGGUGUUGACCUAUUUGAUAGUUUCUUCCCGUUCCAGGUGACGGAGCGAGGCUGUGCUCUUUGCUUCAGCUUCGACAUCUCCCUGGACCUAGAGUGCGCAGGUAGAGCGCCCCCUGCAGUGCUGGAGCUCAACGAUGAUGAGAGGGACACAGCAGGGGAGACACAACAGAGCGGAGAUCUUAAUCUUGAUGAUCAAACACAGAUGACAUCCUUUGAGAUCAAUCUUAAAGACAAAAGGUACCGGGAUGACUUCAGGCCCCUGGUGGAGGGGUGUGGCUGCUACUGCUGUGAGAACCACCAGAGGGCGUACCUGCACCACCUGCUGGUGACCAACGAACUGCUGGCCGGAGUCCUGCUCAUGAUCCACAACACAGCACACUAUCACGGCUUCUUCAGCACCCUGAGAGAGGCUCUGAGCAAUGAUAAACUGGAUCUCCUCAAGAGACGGGUACUUAGGGAGAGAGGCGGGCAGAGAGAGAGGAAGGAUUAAGAUGGAUAAAUCGGAACGAUAGGAGAGGGAUUGAUCUUGCUCUUCCUUCAAAGGAUCGCUAGACUGACUUGCCAGAAGUAAUCAAAACUCUAUCUUGCUCUUCCCAAUCCAGGUAGAGGAUGAACUGUGAUGCUGCAGAGACCUUGAGACUGAGUCAUUCCAUAUGUCGCUAAAGUCAUGUCUCUCAAGCAUGUUUAAAAGAGGGGGGAUUAAAAGAGAAUGCAGAUCAAGACAACCAUUUGAUGUUUGUGUCCCGGUUUUAUAUCAAGAAGACUGCUCCCGUUAAGCUUGUGUAUUGAUCCCAGCAGAUAAGGUUAGGUGGCUCAAGAGGGAAGCGAGCUGGAUAAGAGUCGAGUGAAGUUACUGUAUAUUUUAAAAGUCGUGUAUAAUAAGAUUUCCAUGAGGCUUUGUUUGUCCUUUUUUCAUUUCAUACGCUAUUGAUCUGUUUUCAUCAAGCAUUCGUCUUUCUCCAUGAAUAUUUUCAAUUUUUCAGUUGGAAAUCUCUCAUAGCUUCUCUCACACGUGUAGAUUGGCUUCCUGUAGUUUUCAACUUGACUGACUAAUUAACAUUUAUGAUAAGACUGUGUUUUGCAUUAAACUAGUCCACGCUGCUCUCAACAUGCAGCUGUGGCAGGUUUUGGGUUUCAGGGAGGUUAACUGAAGGAUUGAGCUGACAACUCCACCAUUCCUGCUGCUGAGAAAGGAUAAAGAUCAGAUAAAGAUACAGGUCCCUACUGUCUACCAUGCAGUGAGGGAGGGAGGCUUUUUGAAGGUGAGGGGAUAUAAUUGACUGCCAAACCGUUCACAUGUGUGUGGGGGACAGGGGACAGACUGAGAGAGAGAAGAGUGUGACAGAUUUAUAGAACAGCAAUGAGGAUUUUUGUUGGACUUGUGGGUUACCUUAACCGCAUCAAGCAUUAUAAAGAAGUAGGUUGGAGGAUUUGCCGUUGUCAAUAGGUGGGCACUGUGCAGAAAUGCCUAAGAAAUAUAGGCAUAAAAUUAGUUGAAAAGAAAGAAAGAUGAACACUUGGAACUUUAUUAAUGGCUGUAGGGAAAAUGGGCAAAAACUUAAACAAGUAGUGACCUCUAGACUAUAUUUAUUUUAAGGUUUAAUGGGAUGGCAGUAGACACAAGUUAGUGUGGAAAAGGGUGUAAAGUCAAUCCCCCACAUUAGCUGGUAAAAAUAGAAAAGGUAGUGACUGGCUGUUGCCCUCCUUUCUCUUGAUAACUGGUAUUGAUAUUUUAUUCAGAAACUGUUUCAGUGGAGGUGUUCAGCAGCUUACGAAUCAACAGUUUCCUUGUGUGAAUGCAUGUCUGAUGAAGAUUUAUAUAAAAGCAUGCUGCGCUAAUCCACCCCUGAUAAAUAUGCACUAUUAUAAAAAAAAAAGGUUUGAAUCUGGUUAUUGUAAUAAUUAGGCAGCUUUGAAGCUGUUGCUAAUGACUGUUGAGUGAAAUUGCCCCUAAUAGGUGUAGACCAGUGGACUCUAGCCGAUUAUUUGCUUAGAGAUUUAUUUACCAAGCUUGUGACCUUCCACUGUAAGAGAAAGUGGAACAUAAGUAAUCUCAAUAAUGAUGAGAUACAGCACAAUAAAAGAGAAAUUAAGUAAGUAUAUAGAAGAUAUGGGGUUGGUGGUGUUUAAACACACCACAGCUGAUAUAUUAUUGCUAGAAGGUAGAAAAAUAAUGGUGUAAAAAUGUGAACAAUAUGUGAAUUUAGAGCAUAUAGGAUGCAGAUGUUCAUAUGGUAUGAUAGAUAGACUAUUUCCUGAAGAAUGUACACAUGCAAUAUUAAAACAACAAAUGUGGGACUUUUACAGGAUAAAAGAUGCUAAAACUUAAAUUUAAAGUUCGUAGAAGCAGCUCUUACCUUCAGGCCACUUGGCUCCUUCCACAUCAUACCCUGACAAUUUGUCAGCUAUGCUGAGUGAAGGAAAGCUUUGAAGCCAUAGGCUUGACAGAGCAUUUUAAAAUAAUGUACCACAACACCCUGACAGGCAUGGCUCUUGUCUGAAACAAUGAAUUUGAUUGAUUGGACUGAAUUUAAAAUUUUUGAGAGGUAGACUAGAGCUGAUGGUUAUGCUCUUGCUCUUUCCCUGUUGUGGUUGACAUUGGGCAAAAUUUCCAUGUAAACGACUCUGAAUGACACAGUCAGCAGGUGGCCCUCAUAGCUCAUUUCAACCAAUUAUACAGAUGGAGAGUGCUAUUCAGGCUGCCUCACUACAGAUUUCGUUUGUCUAUUCACUCUCCCGGACAAGUUUGCACUGUGAGCUGAGCGUCAGAUUUAUUUCGUACUUCACAUGGCAGCCGGAUUGUUAUCUGCUAUCAUGGCAACAUGAAGAAUGACAUGAAAAAGAAUGAGCUCAACUGCUCUCCCAAAACAACAGAAAGUCUCAUAAAGCUAGCAGUAUGAGGUGCAGCGGAUGUUAUUGUGGAGGAAAUGAUGGCCAGAGAAGGGUUUAUCAAUGAGGGAUUCUGUUUUCAGAGCAGAGCAUCCAGGGUCUUCACAGGGAUGAGAAAGAGCCAGUAUUUGUCACUUUGAGGGGCAAGUGUCCAUGACAGUGUGUAAGCCUAAUCACUGAUUUGACAAGGUGCUGCAGUAGCCACAACCGUGGAUGGAUUACUGAGCAGGAGUAACAGGCACAGGCCUAGGGGCCAUCUACAAAGAGACAGAAAACAACCACAAAGACAUGCAAAAUGAAAACAAUGAGACAGAAAACAACUACAAAGAGAUGCAAAAUGACUAUAAGGAGGCACAAACCAGCUGCAAAGAGAAACAAAACGACCUCAAAGAGAUGCAAGAUGAACAGAGAGAUGCAUAAUGACCACAAAGAGGUGCUCCUUCAGUCUGGGUGUCUGCUCUUGUAUAGGUGUGGGGCCUUCUACAUGUCUAUGCCUUGGGGCCUGCCUGUCUCAUAAUCCGUUCAUGGCUUUAGUUUGCUUUUAGGCAGUUCAUUCACAACAUAACACCAUGCGGUCACCUUACCUUACAGCCUCUCCUCCUUCAUUUCACCCCCUCAGAAAUGAUCAGGACUCCAUAAACCGGCCCAGUGACGGCUCCCUCAGUAGCUCCUGACCCUCUCCUCUGUCCCCAUGGUAACCCUUGACCACCAACAAUGGAGUAGCCGUGGUUCUUACCACUCUGCCAGCUAUAAAUGAUUACUCACUAAACACAAGGCCAAAUACCUUAUUAGCUCCCUGAUUUAUUUCAGAUUCAUUCAUACACAUAAAUCAUCAGCUGAGAAUGUUCUAAAUCAGCAGGGACUUUCUCCUUCUGUUGGCCGCCCUGAGUGAAUAUUUUAUCUGGGCUUCGACUCUGCCCAUCAUAAUGUAUAAGUGUAGGUUAAAGUACUCUGCUGAAAUAUAGAGAGAAGGUCAUAAUAAAUUAAUACUCAGGUGUAUUGGUUAACAUACCACAUGACUUUCUGCCCUGGUGUCAUGUGUGGUAUGUGGUGUGAAAAUAGUAAAG